AUGGAACAUGUUCUGUGUGGAAACCAUCAGAUUAAUUUGGUGGUGACAGCUGCCGUGGAAGCAGUUCCCAAAUCGGAAGAGACCGGCGGAAAGAUUAUCCCAAAUCUUUACGCUGGAUCCCUAUUUUUGCGAAUGGCGUCUCACUUCUUGAACCUCGUGGGUGCCCUCCGGGUGCACAUGCAAGAUCCCGGCUUCUUUCGGUGGAACCAAAAUCCAUCGGCGCAAGACUUAGCCAAGGGGCGCGCAUACCGCGAAGAAAUCUGCAACAUGCUGAAGGCAAACCUGCCACACGACGGCCGCGAGAUGUCUCCAGGAUCAUCAAGUCACAACAAGCAGAAGCUCGAAGCAUUGUAUGACAACUGUUUCAAGGACGUGCUGAACGGUUGCUGGGAUCGCGGUCUUUUGGUGCAUAAUUGCAUCAAUUCUUGUUGCGCCACGAGGCAACAAGCUGAGGAGAAAGCCGUGCGAGCAGCCACAGAGGUCCUGUUUAAGAGCCAGCCAGUUCUUCCUUUACUGGCCGACUGGACCAAGCUCGGUCCAUGCCUGGAUGCUUUCCUCGCCAUGGAGUAUUGCGGAGUCCUGAGUUUCCUGCUUGGGAAGGCUGUGUGGGCCCACAGCCUUCCACAGACUGCCGAAGACGAUGAAGCCGACAUCAAAGUUGAGUGGAGAGCUCUUGCUGGACGGCGAUACCGUCGGGUAUGCAGAAUGCUGCAAUGCAGCAAAGAGCGCUUCCAUCGCAUGCUCCUUUCGAUCACAUUGGAGCCGCUUCGAUUUCUUCAUGCUAGUUUUCUGAAAUUCGCGCAUUGUGCCGUGGACGACAAAGCAUGGCUUUUCAUCAUGUGCGAGCUGUCGGGCCCGACUUCCAAAUAUGUCGGAGCGUUACAGUAUUUUGCGGUGCUCCUUUGCGGUCAGGGGACACGUCUCCUAUUGCUGGCUGGGCUUUCAGACCACGAAACGGUCGACGCGUGGAUUCGCGCAUGUCCCGACGAAGCCCGAGCAGCAAGGAGUCGUUUCCUCAUGGUGGCUGCUGCUUUGCAUCGGCGGUAUACUGCCACUAUAUGCCGUUGGCCCUGUUGCCUUUACAGCUUGGCCGAUCCCAGGUGCGUGAGUACACACCCCUCACUCAUCACCGAAUUCUUCGACGCCAGGUCUUGCUGCCUGCCACCUGGCAUGGCGCGCGAAAUCCGCGCAAGCAUGGACAAGUCCACCUUUGAGGCCAGCUUGCCUGGCUUCCGUUGGUUCUGCCUUCUCCAUGGCUUGAUCAUCAAACUUACCACGGCAAAUGUCGAAAGACGUCAUGCGACUCAUAAGAGUCAAUGUGAUGAUCAGACGAAGUGGCCGUACUUUGCAGCGCAAUCCAUUGCAACAGAGGCCCGUCAACAAGUUUUGGCCGUGGAGCGCCUCGAGCGUGAAGCCUCCAAUGCAGGAGUUGCCAAAGUUGCUGCUCCCCGCCGUCCCAAAGCCAGCAGUGCGCUGGAGAUAUUCCGGAAGGAAUGGCUGCUUUCUGAGAAGGCACGCGGCACAGUGUGGAAUCCGAUCUCGAAAGAUGCUUGGAGCGCGUGUCGCAAGGCUUACGGUGCUCUGGAUGCCAAUCGCAAGUCUGAGCUGCAAGCCCGCGCUUUGGCAUCCAAGACUCUGGCAGAUGCCAAGCGUCGCAACACUGCACCGGUGCAGGAUGCUACUGAUACAAGCGCCAGUGCAGGUGACAGGUCUGACAAUGCAGCUGCAUCUGCAUCCGACGGUGCUAUGCCAGUGACUUCUGACUCGUUGGCCGACCUUAUGGAAGGCGUCCAAGCUGCAGCCCGAGAAGGUGGGGUGGUAGCUGUUCGACACGGUCGUUCAAACCCACCGGUGCCGAAAGAGCCUGUGGCCUGCCAGAGCUUGCAACAGUCCGUGGUGCAGCAAGCCAUGAGGCAAGGGCCUCCCACAGCUGAGGAGCAGUUUCCGAUUGCACCUCACGUUGUGUCAGAGGUUUUCCAUCAACGUGGGUUUAACUUGAAGCGGUAUGUGGACAGCUUUCAGAAGAAGGCUACCCGGCUUGCGGCCGCGACAGGCAUGCCAGAUACGGUGCAGUAUCCGCAAUCGUGUGGUGCACUGUGCCGCACCAGCAACUCGCUGAACACAAUCCAGUUUCAUGACAAGCUGGUUGGUUUACUGCACCAGAUCGUGAAGGAGCUUAGCCCAAACGUCCGAAGCAUAUAUGACGAAAGUGUGAUCUUUGCAGCAGAGCAGCAUGUUGCUGCUGGACAAGGGCUUCCGAGCCGCAUGAGCUUCUAUGCAAUCGCUGCAGCUGCAGGUAGGCAAGCUCAUCACAAGGCACAGGUGAUGCACAUCAUGACAGAAGACAGCUUUGCUGCGCAAAUGUGCUUCGUGGGCGACUCUAAGGUCGAGCUUGUCCGUGUGUGCUUGUUGAAGUGGACCUUUGCGGGAAACCGACUUGAUGUGUACCAUGUGGACGCUUUGUCGACAACAUACACUGCAGAAGCUGCAACAUUGCCGGCGGAUGGAGAAGCGAAUCAGCAGGGCAGAGGCCGUGGUAGACGGCCGCCGCAAGAUGGUGAGGCUUUCGACAUGCUUGAUGACCUGCUAUCGCAGCAGGGAAAGAAGCCACGUGCCCGGAAAUGCGUCGUGACAUUGCUGCCGACACUGUCGCAGCCUCGGGAAGAAGAAUUGGAAGAGUUGCAGGAAGAAGUGGAAGAGUUGCAGGCCGAACCUGACGAUGCGGAACAUCGGGACCAAGGUGACCAAGGAGACCCAGGCCCUUCGCCGAGCGACGCGUCGAAUGCAGGCGCGGUUGGAGCAGCCGGCAACAUCAGUCCGGCAAUCCCUCCUGCUUCGGGUUUCCUCGAGCUUCCCAUAUACGAUACUGGGUGCUGGCAUUUCCGGAGAAAGGCAGACGACGUUUCCAUCAGGAGAUUGAACCACAUAGCCAGCAUCUCCGAGCCUACAUUCAAGGCAACGUGCAAGGUUCACAAAUCAUGCUUCUGCAUGAUUACGAUGCCGCCAUCGAAUUCCCCCCGCGAAGCCACCGUUGCUGCAAGACUGGGCCGGCAAGCAACUGUUGACGACUUGGAACGCGAUCUGGUUCGAUGGCUCGCUCAAGCAGCAAGCGACAUAUCCCCUGAUGACCAUGCAGCUGAAAGUCGUCGUCUGAGGGCAGAAGGAUGGGCAAUCAAGGUGCGUGCUCCGCGCCGUGGCUGA